AUGUUCUCACUCCUGCUUCCGGUCCUUGCUACAGCCUGUGUGUUCUCCGCGGGGGUUGGGCUGUGGGCUGUCGGCAACCAUUUCCUCACUGCAGACAUCCCUGCAGCCGUUGGCCACCCCGUGAAACCAGUCCUCCGUUGCUUCUUCCAGCUGUUGGUGACACGGGGGACGAUUUUUGAGAAACUGAGAAUCUGUUCUAUGCCCCAAUUUGUCCGUUUCAUUCACGAUCUGGCGCCACUCAAGAAGGAUCCGGAUGGGAUAGUCAAGGACCUCUGGAACGGGACGAUCCCCGUGAAGCUGUACCAGCCCAAGGCGUCCUCAAGCACCCGCAGGCCUGGCAUCGUGUUGCAAGGCGGCGGGGGCAUCGUAGGGAGCUUGAAAACUCACCAUGGCUUAUGCUGUCAUUUGUGCAAGGAGAGUGACUCAGUCGUUCUAGCAGUUGGAUAUCACAGGAUGCUCCAGCAUAGGUUUCUGGUGAUAGUAAGAGACUCCAUGGUGGCUACCAUCCACUUCUUGAAGUCCUUGAAUACAUAUGGGGCAGAUCCAGCCCGGGUCGUGGUCUGUGGUGACAGUGUGGGUGGGGGCGUGGCAACAAUAGUUUGUCAAAACCUUGUGGACAGUUCUGAUCUCCCCAAGAUCCGUGCUCAGAUCCUGAUCUAUGCCGCUCUCCAAGCCCUGGAUUUCCAGCCUCCUUCUUAUCAGCAGAACAAGAACGUUCCACUGCUCAGGCAGAAUUUGGCCUUCUACUGUUGGUGUGGUUACCUGGACAUCAGCCCCUCCUGGAAAAGCACCAUAUUGAAAGGAGCCUACUUGCCUGCCGAAGUCUGGGAGAAGUACAGAAAGUGGUUGGGUGCAGAAAACAUUCCGGAGAAGUUUAAGAAGAGAGGCUACAUGCCCCAUGAGCCCCUGAAUGAAACUGCCUAUCUGGAGACAAACAUCAUUCUAGAUUUGACGAACUCACCCCUGAUUGCAGAUGAUGAAGUAGUGUCUCAGCUCCCCAAAGCUUGCAUGGUGAGCUGUGAGUAUGAUAUUCUCCAGGACCAUUCGCUGUUGUACAAGAAGAGGCUGUAGGACCUGGGAGUCCCAGUGACUUGGCACCACAUGGAGGAUGGUUUUCAUGGGGUGUUGGUCACCCUUGACCUGGGCUACUUGUACUUGCCCUGCUCCACGAGGAUUCUGAAUGCUGCGGUCCAUUUUAUAAAGGAGUUGUGA